GCUAAUCACGCCACACGAAGCUUUUAUUACCACUAUUGCCGUAUUUUUUUUUUUUUUUUUUUUUUUAAGGCUUUUUAAUGGAUUGCUAAAAGAGAAUUUUUAAAAAUGUUCUACGCACCCCCAACUUGCAUUUGCAGCAGAGUUAUGUGACAGAGAAUGAGAGCCAUUGGAUGCCUGCGUUUCCAUCAGUGCCAGUGUUUCUCAAUGAGGUCAGUGACAGACUCCGACUGCUCCAAAUCAUUGCGCGCACAGCGCACCAACUGCAUAUAGACACUCCGUCUCUGCUGUUCUCUUUCUGCGGACUCUAAAAAUCUUUAAUGAACAUCUUAUUGAAAAAGUCACCCGAUUUGAAGCGUCUGGACCCGUGUGAUUGUAAAUACAUCAUUAUUACAUUAUUGCGCAAUUGGAUUCUCGGGCGAACAGGACAGGAUUCAGCACCACGGCUGCGGACAGCUCCCGUUCCCACUUGACGCGCGUCUGGAUGGCCGCUGCUCGCCUCGCACUGUCGCUGCUCUGAUCCGCUCUGUUCGCGAUGGCUUCACACGGGUUUUGGUUUAUGGGUGAAAACGCCGCUGGAAGCCCCAGCCAAAGUCCCACCACCCCCAGAGCUUGGUGUCAGGCGGCGGCCCAGAAAUUCACCGGAGGCAUCGGCUCCAAAUUAUAUGCUUUUUUAAACGUCGGAGAGGCUGAGAAAGCAGCUCAAGCCCCAAUUAAAGCCGAAGAUGAGUCUACAGCGGAGAGCUGCGGCUGUAAUAAACCCUGUAACUGCCCCAAAACCAGCCUGUGCUUCUCUGAUCUCUAUUCAACAGAUCUUUUACCUGCAUUGAACGGGGACGCAAAGACUAUGAAUUUUCUGCAGGAGGUUGUGGAUAUAUUGCUGGCUUAUAUAGUGGAAUCUUUUGACCGGUCAACGAAAGUGAUUGAUUUUCACUAUCCAAAUGAAUUGCUUCAAAGGAAUAAUUGGGAGCUUUCGGACGAACCCGAGACUUUAGACGAUAUUCUGAUCAGCUGUCGCGCUACACUAAAAUAUGCCAUAAAAACCGCACACCCUAGGUAUUUCAAUCAGCUCUCCACUGGAUUAGACAUGGUUGGCCUAGCGGCAGAUUGGCUGACGUCCACUGCCAACACCAAUAUGUUCACCUAUGAGGUGGCGCCAGUCUUCGUGCUGUUGGAAUACGUCACGCUGAAGAAGAUGAGAGAGAUCAUUGGCUGGCAGGAUGGCCGUGGUGAUGGAAUAUUCUCACCGGGUGGUGCCAUUUCCAACAUGUAUGCCAUGUUACUGGCUCGCUAUAAGAUGUUUCCAGAGGUGAAGGAGAAAGGAAUGUCAUCUGUUCCAAGACUGGUCGCCUUCACAUCUGAGCAUAGCCAUUUUUCAAUCAAGAAAGGAGCUGCAGCACUUGGAAUCGGUACAGAAAGUGUCAUCUGUAUUAAAGUCGAUGAAAGGGGUAAGAUGAUUCCUUCUGACCUUGAGAGGAGAAUAGUUGAAGCCAAGCAGAAGGGGUACGUGCCGUUUUUUGUCAGUGCUACAGCCGGUACCACGGUUUAUGGGGCCUUUGAUCCUCUGAUUGCAAUAGCGGACAUCUGUAAGAAGUAUGAUGUCUGGAUGCAUGUGGAUGGAGCAUGGGGUGGAAGUUUGCUGAUGUCCCAGAAACACAGGUGGAAGCUCAAUGGAGUUGAGAGAGCUAAUUCCAUGACCUGGAACCCUCAUAAAAUGAUGGCUGUGCCCCUGCAGUGCUCUGCUCUGCUAGUUAGAGAGGAGGGACUGAUGCAGGGCUGCAAUCAGAUGCAGGCAUGUUAUCUCUUCCAGCAGGACAAGCACUAUGAUCUGUCCUACGACACGGGGGACAAAGCCCUGCAGUGCGGACGCCAUGUGGACAUCUUCAAACUAUGGCUGAUGUGGAGAGCAAAGGGCACUAUUGGUUUUGAGGCUCAAAUUGAUAAAUGUCUGGAGCUGUCAGAAUAUCUCUACAACAAGAUCAAGGACAGGGAAGGAUAUGAGAUGGUCUUUAAUGGAAAGCCUCAGCAUACCAAUGUGUGUUUCUGGUAUCUUCCGCCGGGCGUACGCUACCUGGAGGACAAAGUGGAGAAAAUGAAGCGUCUGCACAAGGUCGCCCCAGUAAUCAAAGCCAGAAUGAUGGAGUACGGAACAACCAUGGUGAGCUAUCAGCCGCAGGGAGACAAAGUCAACUUCUUCCGUAUGGUCAUCUCCAACCCAGCUGCUACCUUUGAAGACAUUGACUUCCUCAUUGAAGAGAUUGAGCGUCUGGGACAGGACCUUUAAAAACUCACAGCACCAAAACCUCUUAUGCUUGUGUCCCUGGAUGAAUCAGCUAUUUGUUGUGAAUGUAACGGUAACUCUUUGAUUCCUCUCCUCCAAAGUCACAUAAAGAUAGUAUGAUUAAAAAAAUAAGACAUGAAAAUAUCUAGUAUUUUAGUAUUGUUGUGUUGUUGUGGGCUUCAUGGUCCAAAGCCCUGUUAAAGUGUUAAUGUCUGCUUUAACUGUCUUAGUGUCUUUGACAAAACUUUGUUUGUUUACACGUGUUUAGUGAGUUAUUUGCUUCUAUUCAGUGCAAGUCAUACCUAAGUUUCUGUUUGAUCAGUUAUUCAAAGUGCCAGACAACAUUAAUCUAUAUGAUUAUAUUAUGAGCCAUUUUUACUGAUUUGAUUUGUCAAGCUUUACAACCAUUUGAAGAGAUUUUCAAAGAAACAACUUCAGUUACUUAAAUUGGGUUAGUUAUUGAAAGAACAAGAAGAAGAAGAAAAAUAAAACACAUAUAUACAAUAUAACACAUAUAUAAAUAAAAUGUCUGUCAUCAUUCAACAGUUAUAUUGACAAGAAGCCGCCAGCAUCUAUACUGAAGAAUAAUGUUCUGUAAACAUGACAUUUAAAUAUAGAAAGUCAGCAAAAGUCGUCAUGACCAGUAGGAAGACACACAUGAGUGUCAAGUGCAUAGCCAGGAAAUUGCUUUUGGGUAGGCAUCAGUAAAAAUGGAUGGGCCAAAUUUUCACCCCAUUUUUUAUUUUUUUUUUACCAAAUAUUCCUUAACAACAGAAAGGCGGCACAUUCAAACAGUUAGUUCACACUUUUAGAAAUUAGAAUUUAUACAUUUUUGAAACUAUUUUAUAAAUAUUCUGGGUGGGCCUGGGUCUAAUUUGGGUGGGCCCAGGCCCACCCCAUUCCACCCUUGGCUAUGCCACUGAUGAGAGUAAAUCUAGCCAAUCAAACCAAUUCUUGGUAUAUAAAUAGUUGAGUAUCACACUGGCAGUAAAUAAAAUGAGCUGAUUUUAUGAUGUCUGGAUUGGAAUCUACAGCUGAUAAUCUGUGGAUGGCAAGGAAACAUUAUGUCAAAUUAGAAAAACAAAAUCAACCAUUGGUUCAGCACUAUCAUUUAAUAAUAUCCAUUGUAAAGAAACAAUGCACAUGCACAUUUAUAUGAACAAAGUACAUUACAUGAUGCAGUAUUAUGUUGAAAUUUAGUCAGAUUUACAUAGUCUAAACAGCUUUCUUACAUAAUAACAUUUGAUUUAUUAAUUCAUGUAUUUAUUUAGAUUUGUUAUAGAGAAUUAUAGCUACUGUACUUCAGGGUAACAACAGAGCUAAUAUCUGAAUUUAAUGUUAUGUAUAAAUUCAAAGAAAAUAAGCAUAAGGGUUCUGCCCUGUGUGUAAAUAGACUUUUAAGAUGUUCCUGAUGAAGUUCAUAUCUAUGUGAAUACAUCCAUUUACUGUAUAUAAGGCAGAGUCUAUUUGUGUGGUAAAUAAUAUUAUUUUCUCUAUUAAAAUAAUAAUAAUAAUAAUCAGAAAUAGUAGAUAUAUUCUGCUUGUGUGUGCGUGUGUCAGAUACAUGACGUAAGUGUUGUUACUGCAGAGAUAAAUGUAUGAAGGAUCUGGCUUUAAAUACUUUAGAAACCACUGCAUUUUAAUAUACUAACAAUAAAUUAGUAUUAUUAUUAUUGAGACAUUUCUGUGGUUAUGAAAGCCAUUUCUGAACCAGUGCUGGUUGUAUUUGUGCCGAAGUGAUAAACUUGAUAUCCUGUGCCAGUUUGUAUUUAUGUGUGUUUGUAACUGUAUUGCCUUAGUAUUUAUUGCCAGUAUUGUCUAGUUCUCCUAAAGAGGAGCUUGUGCACUUUAGCAUAUACAGUAUGAUGAUCUGUCCAAUGGUUGUUCUUAGUUGGAUGUUAUAAGAAAUCAAGCAUUGUCUGAAUGUUUCCCAGCUUGGACUUUCAUUUGAGAGUUGCUUUAUAACUGAAAUCUUUAGUAGACUCUCUAAUGCUAAUGCUACUACAUGUAUCCUAACAGAAUGGAAGAGGCAAAGAAUGCUAAUUUCGUCUGAAUUUUUGAAAUUUGAGCAUUAUUUCUGUCCCUUUUCAGGAUUGGCAAGCUGUGUGUGUAAAGCUCUUAUAAUCACGACAAAUGCAUUGACAUCUCACUGUGGUAGUCUUGAAAUGCUCGCCAACUUUUUCUCCGCUGCUGCUACAAACCUGCUCUCUUUGCACGUGCAUGAACGCCUUGCCUUCAGAGCUUGUGAAAUACAAUCCCAAAUAUAUAAAGUGCAACCCGUGUUAGUCUUAGUGUGCGAUAUGGAUAGCUUAGCUUCAAAUAUAGUACUCUGUUGCUAGCUUGCUCGCUGUGUUAGCAUUACCCAACGUAUUUAUCUGCUAAGCAAGCAUGUUCAAUGUGGCUAGAAGUUGUAUGCUUUUGCGACAAUAAUCUCUAUCUUUCUCUCUGUCUCUUGCUUUGUCUUCCGCAGCUUUAAUAUUAGCGUGUGUAUAUUCUCGGCAUGCCUCGAUAUACUGUAAGCAUUUUUGACGUCUCAAUGUCUCUAUCUCUAUCGCUCUAUCUUCUUUCUAUGUCUUUCUCUCGAGCUUUGCCCCGUAGCAGCCGUCAGACAUUUAUGAGCAGUGCUUUAUCUGCUGUUUCACGGCUACCCAAUCAAUUUGUCGUUUUCAUGAGCCCGACUGAACAGGGUAACACCAUGACUAGGUGAAUUCAGUUUGUUUUCUUUCUCACCCAACAUUGUUUGAAAGAAAUAUGAUUCUUUGAGGAACUGAAGUUAAGAAGAAAGUUAUAAACUAGUGUGUGGAAAUUAUACAUAUAUAUAGAGGCAGACCCUCUUUAAAAAUUCAGUUCUCUUGAAAUGUGUUUUACUUUCAUGGGACAAUACCAAUAAAUGUUACUGCCAAA